AUGAAAGCCAAAAUAUCAUGUUCCCGGAGAAAGAGAGACUUCCUUCGUGGUAUUCCAUCACACUGCUGGUGUGGAAACCCCGUCUUGAGAGAGGGUGAAACUCAUCUCUUCAAGUGGUUUGAUAAAACUUUGGUUGAAGAGGUUUCAAUGGUUGAAGCAAGACAGACCACUAUUGAAAAAGAUUUAGAAGCCAUGGUUACUGCAGAGUUUAGUGCAACUCGUGAAGUCAGAGAGAACACUGGAUGUAACUAUGUGUCUUGA